UGAUUCACUUUAUCGAGGUCCCCCCCCCCGCCCCAAACCCACUUGUUCUUCUCACUGAGCUCUCUCGCUCGUCUUCCUCUUCCUCCCAGUACAAACUCACUCUUUAAUAUUUGCAGAAAUCGCUGAUUCAGAAACGAAUCUGCAACCAAAAUGCGUCUUCUUCCUCUUCUUCUCCUUUGUCUUCUGCAACUUCACAUUCACCAUUGUUGUUCAGCUCGUGUUUCUGAGUAUCGAGCUCUGCUCUCGCUUAGAACCUCCAUUUCUGGUGACCCCAAAUCCUCGCUCUCUUCGUGGAAUGCUUCCACCAGUCACUGUACUUGGUUUGGGGUUACUUGCGAUGUUCGUCGCCAUGUCACUGCCCUUGACCUCUCUGGUCUCGGACUUUCUGGUUCUCUUUCACCUGAUGUUGCCUAUUUGAGGUUUCUAACUAAUCUUUCUCUUGCGUCCAAUGAUUUCUCUGGUCCAAUCCCGCCGGAGAUUUCUUCCAUUUCUUCUCUUCGGUUCCUUAACCUGUCUAAUAAUGUCUUCGAUGGGUCGUUCCCUACGCAGCUUUCGCAGCUUCGGAAUCUGCAGGUUCUUGAUUUGUAUAACAACAAUAUGACUGGGGAUUUCCCCAUUGUCGUUACUGAAAUGAUGACCCUCCGCCAUUUGCAUUUGGGUGGAAAUUUCUUCGCCGGAGCGAUUCCGCCGGAAGUCGGUCGGAUGGAGUCCUUGGAGUACUUUGCGGUUUCUGGUAACGAACUCGGCGGUUCCAUACCGCCGGAAAUCGGGAACUUGACGAAUCUUCGUGAGCUUUACAUUGGCUACUUCAACGCGUACGUCGGCGGGAUUCCGGCUGAGAUUGGGAAUUUGUCGGAGUUGGUACGGUUGGACGCGGCCAACUGUGGACUCUCUGGUCGGAUUCCGCCGGAGCUCGGAAAGCUGAAGAACCUGGAUACGCUGUUUCUUCAAGUAAAUGGUCUAUCUGGGCCAUUGACGCCGGAGAUUGGAGAGUUGAAUGGCUUGAAAUCGUUGGAUUUGUCGAACAAUAUGCUUGUGGGUGAGAUUCCCAGCUCGUUCUCCGAGCUCAAGAACUUGACGCUGUUGAAUCUGUUUAGAAACAAGCUUCAUGGAGCGAUUCCUUCCUUUAUUGGGGACUUGCNAAAGCUGGAGGUGUUGCAGUUAUGGGAGAAUAAUUUCACGGAAGCGAUUCCACAGAACCUGGGCAAGAACGGAAUGCUUCAGAUUUUGGAUCUUUCUUCCAACAAGCUCACCGGAAAUCUUCCUCCCGAUAUGUGCUACGGUAAUCGCCUUCAAACUCUCAUCGCAUUGAGCAAUUUCUUGUUUGGUCCAAUCCCAGAGUCGCUAGGCAAAUGUGUUUCGCUUAAUCGGAUUCGUAUGGGGGAUAAUUUUCUUAAUGGAUCUAUCCCAAAGGGGCUUCUCAGUCUGCCGGACCUCUCUCAGGUCGAGUUACAGGACAAUUACCUCUCCGGCGAGUUCCCUGUAACCGAUUCAAUCUCACUCAAUCUGGGCCAGAUUAGUCUCUCGAACAACCGCCUCUCCGGGUCGAUUCCACCCACCAUCGGCAACUUCUCCGGCGUCCAGAAACUGCUCCUCGACGGAAAUAAAUUCUCCGGUCAAAUCCCACCUGAGAUUGGGCGGUUACAGCAACUUUCAAAGAUUGAUUUCAGUAACAACAAGUUUUCAGGUCCAAUCGCACCGGAGAUUAGCCAAUGCAAGCUGCUAACCUUCGUCGAUCUCAGUCGGAACGAGCUCUCGGGUGAAAUUCCAAACGAGAUUACGAGUAUGAGAAUCUUGAAUUACCUAAAUCUUUCAAAAAACCAUUUAAUCGGUGGAAUCCCAUCUUCCAUAGCCAGUAUGCAGAGUUUGACCUCUGUGGAUUUCUCAUACAACAACCUCUCCGGCUUAGUUCCGGGAAGUGGGCAAUUCAGCUACUUCAAUUACACAUCGUUCCUGGGCAAUCCUGAUCUCUGCGGCCCAUAUUUAGGACCAUGCAAAGAUGGGGUCGCCAAUAGCAAUUACCAACAACAUGUAAAAGGUCCCUUCUCUGCUUCCCUCAAGCUCCUCCUUGUAAUUGGUCUGCUUCUUUGCUCAAUUGCAUUUGCAGUGGCUGCAAUCAUCAAAGCUCGAUCAUUGAAGAGAGCCAGUGAGUCUCGGGCUUGGAAAUUAACAUCCUUCCAACGCCUAGAUUUCACAGUUGAUGAUGUUCUUGAUUGCUUGAAAGAGGACAACAUCAUUGGAAAAGGAGGUGCUGGAAUUGUGUAUAAAGGGGCGAUGCCUAGUGGUGACCACGUCGCCGUCAAAAGACUGCCGGUGAUGAGCCGAGGGUCUUCCCACGACCAUGGAUUCAACGCUGAGAUACAAACUCUUGGGAGGAUUCGACAUAGACACAUUGUUAGGCUAUUGGGAUUUUGUUCAAAUCAUGAGACAAAUCUUUUGAUUUAUGAGUAUAUGCCUAAUGGGAGCUUGGGGGAAGUUCUUCAUGGGAAAAAAGGAGGUCACUUACAAUGGGACACAAGGUAUAAGAUUGCCAUUGAAGCUGCCAAAGGGCUUUGCUAUCUCCAUCAUGAUUGCUCGCCGCUCAUUGUUCAUCGAGAUGUGAAAUCAAAUAACAUACUUCUUGACACUAAUUUCGAAGCUCAUGUUGCUGAUUUUGGCCUGGCCAAGUUCUUGCAGGAUUCCGGCACUUCUGAGUGCAUGUCUGCCAUUGCUGGUUCUUAUGGAUAUAUUGCUCCAGAAUACGCUUACACGCUGAAAGUUGACGAGAAGAGUGACGUGUAUAGCUUUGGAGUUGUGCUCUUGGAGCUUGUUAGCGGAAGAAAACCAGUUGGAGAAUUCGGGGACGGUGUUGACAUAGUCCAAUGGGUUAGAAAAAUGACAGACUCAAACAAGGAAGAGGUAGUGAAAAUCCUUGAUCCAAGGCUCUCCUCCAUCCCUCUCCAUGAAGUGUCACACGUCUUCUACGUUGCAAUGCUGUGCGUCGAAGAACAGGCGGUGGAGCGCCCGACGAUGCGGGAAGUGAUCCAAAUCCUGUCGGAGGUCCCACAGCCACCAUGUUCAAAACCAGGAGACUCAGCACUCCCAAACUCCUCACCACCACCACCAGCAGCGGCAGUAGCAUUGGACCCUCCAACAACAGGAACCACGAACAAAAAGGACCAGCAGCCGCCACCGGAUCUUCUUAGCAUUUGAAGAAGAAGUUAAUUGGGGUUGGUAGUGUGAUUAAAAGUAGAAAAAGUCGAAGCAAGUAGUAAGGUUCAGGGGCUUGGUACUGCAAUGUUGUUUUAUUUGGCUUCCUUUUAAUGCUAUGCUCGUAAUAUGUUCAAAAGGUUUGUUUUUUAGUUUGUUUCAUGUACAGUUGAGCAGUUGGGGGAUAUUUUGGUGUGACAUUGUUGCUUUUUCCUAGACACAAUGUUCAAGCAUUUGCCGCA